UGCUCUCCAGCCACCGGCCCACCGGGCUCCUGGGCCUGGGCCCAACAGUAGCCAUGCUGGGGAGGCGACGUGUCUUCACGGUGGAGGCGAUCAGGACUCGGGAGUGCAGCGAGGAGCCUUCAUGGAGCUGCGUGGUGCCGGGGGCCGUCAGCAUCUACCGGCGGCUGGAAGGAGACAUCCCUGAGCCCCCAGAGCCUCUGGAGCCUCUGCGGGGGUCCGGCCUGCUGAGGAUCCUGCGGAGGCAGGUGCCCCUUCUCAAGCUGGCCUCGCGGGACUCCGGGGUGGAGAUGGCGGUGGAGGAGAGACUUCCAGUCACCCCACCCAGCUUUUCUCUGGACUCCCUGGAUUUCCAGUCUGGGGGGAGCCCAGGACCCCAGGCGUCAGAGCCCACCUCCGAACUGGGCCUGCUCCUCACCAGCUGCAAGGUGGAGCGAUCCCGCCGCUCCCCCGCCACCCUGCCCCGUCUCCGUCGGGCUGGGAGGGAGCCCGGGAACACCUUGGAGCUGCCCGGAAGCCCCCACCCGGGCAGCUUUUUGGCAGAACCCAGCCUAGGGCCUGGCUCGGAGGCGAAAGAGGUGGGGGCUGAGGCCUGGGCCUGUCUCCCGGGCCAGGGCCUUCGCUAUCUGGAGCAUCUCUGCCUCGUCCUGGAACGGAUGGCCCUUCUGCAGCAUCUCAACUUGCAGCCGCGCGUGGGCCCGAGUAAGCCAGAAGAAGAGGAGGAAGAGGAGGUGGACCCAUCUGGAGCCCCCUCCCUUCAUCCCUCCCGCCCCCGGGCCCGCUCCGUGCUGGGUGCUCCGAAGUCAGGGCCAACCUUACCAAGGAACCCAGCGGGGCGCAGUGCCAGCACCCCAAGUCUGCUGUCUGCCCCGGCCAGGACUGCCCCUUCCCUCUUGACCUCCCAGGGACAGAAAAGUGACUGCUCCCACUGGGACAAGGUCAAAGUCCUGCUCAACAGGAUCCGGCGGAGAGGCCCCCGGGCCUCUGAGUCCCCUCUCGCUCGAGGCUCUCCCGACCCCAGGUCGGACUCGCGGGAGUCUCCACCAGAUUCCCACCGCCGCCUGCCCCGGAGGACCUACCUGCCGGCUUUGGUGGUGAAGAAACACCGAGCAAAGAACCUUUCGGUCCACUGAGGCCAGACCACCUUCUCCUCUCUGAGAAGGCAGUGCCUCAGUACCACAGGGUGGAUCCUGGGUACUUGGGUCUAGGGAAUGCUGGCCAUUUCCCUGGCUUCUGGGGUAGUCACCCGCCCCUCUGGGGCUCCCCACCUCCAUGUGCAGGUCUGCAGGUCCCCCUCCCCUCCAGGCUGCCCACCCGGCCACGGUGGGCCCAGCUGAGGGACCACCGGGGCUCCUCUUUCAAGUGCCAGAUCGCCCCGAAUUCACUUAUUUAUCAGGCUUCCACGGGCACAUGUGGUGCUUCUUCCCGUCUGGGCCCCGCGGGUCACAAACGUAUAUUUAUACUGUAAUUAUACGGUGUU